AAAGGCAAGCACCAUGUCUUCCAUUGCCACGUACUACAAUGGGAAGUCAGUACUCGUCACAGGAGCCACAGGUUUUAUGGGGAAAGUCCUGGUUGAAAAGCUCCUGCGCUCCAGCCCUGAUGUGAAGGCCGUCUACAUCCUUGUGAGGUCCAAAGCUGGACAAUCAAUGCAAGAGCGAGUGGUGGACAUGGUGAAAUGCAAGGUCUUUGACAGAGUUCGAGAAGGGUGGCCCAACUUCCAUGAGAAGAUCAAAGCCAUCAAUGCCGAGCUCACCCAGCCCAACCUGGCUAUCAGUCCCGAGGACACUCAGAAGCUCCUCUCUGAGGUCAACAUCGUCUUCCACUGCGCCGCAACCGUUCGUUUUGACGAGCCGUUGAAGCAUGCCCUGCUCCUGAACGUCAUGGGCACGCAGCAGCUGCUGGUGCUGGCUCGCCAGAUGCAGAACUUGGAGGCCUUCAUUCACGUCUCAACUGCCUAUGCAAACUGUAACCGGAGGCACAUAGAGGAAGUCGUCUACCCUCCUCCCGUGGAGCCCAAGAAACUUUUCGACCUUGUGGAGUGGAUGGAUGAGUCUCUCAUUCAAGAGAUUACACCCAAGCUGAUUGGAGAUUGGCCCAAUACUUACACGUUCACCAAAGCCUUGACCGAGUACCUGGUUCAGCAAGAGAAAGGCAGCUUAAGCGUUGCCAUCAUCCGGCCGUCCAUCGUGGGAGCGAGCUGGCACGAACCGUUUCCCGGUUGGAUUGACAACUUCAAUGGAACAAGUGGUUUUCUCAUUGCGGCUGGAAAGGGCAUUAUACGGACCGUAAAAUGCAACCUCGACGCGGUUGCAGACAUCAUUCCAGUCGAUGUGGCUAUUAAUCUCAUCCUAGCUGCCGGGUGGUACACCGCAGUUCACAGACCAAAAUCCAUGUUGAUAUACAAUUGCACUACGGGUGGCAUCAACCCUUUCUGCUGGGGAGAGAUGGAAAAUUAUGUCAUAGCCACAUACAAAAGGAACCCCUUGGAUAAAGCCUUCAGAAUACCCAGUGCUAACAUGACCUCAAACUACCUGAUCCACCAGUAUUGGACAACGGUCAGUCACAGAGUCCCUGCCUUGCUGUAUGAUUUGUAUCUGAGGUUAACCGGAAGGAAGCCAAGAAUGAUGAAGAUCUUCAAUCGCCUGCACAGGACUAUGACCCUGUUAGAAUAUUUUACCAGCCGUACUUGGGAAUGGAGUUCAGACAAUGUGAACAUGUUGAUGAAUCAGCUGAACCCCAAAGACAAGAAAUUAUACUGUUUUGACGUCCGUCAGCUGCAUUGGUCUGAAUACAUUGAAAAUUACUGCCUAGGAACAAAGAAGUAUCUGCUGAAUGAAGACAUGGCUGGAAUUCCUGCCGCAAAGCAACACUUAAGAAAGCUCAGGAACAUUCAGUAUGCGUUCAACACCACUCUGCUAGUGCUCAUUUGGCGCAUCUUCAUUGCAAGGUCGCAAAUGGCUCAGAACAUCUGGUCUUUCGUGGUGAACCUUUGCUACAAGUUCCUGAGCUACUUCCGGGCUUCCAGCACCCUCAGGCAUUGAAGACGCCUGCCCGGUU